CCCUGACGUCGCGGUGGGCGGAGCGCCACCCCCGGGCCUGGCCGUUCAGUCCGGUGCGGCGGGGCGCGUGGAGGGCCCCGGAGCUGCCAUGCGGGUCCCGAGCCAGAGCCCGAGCCCGAGCCCGAUCCUGAUCCCAGUCCUCGGCGCGGCGCGGCACCCUCGACGGAGGCGGCGGGCGCGGGGGGCGCUCUGAGGCCUGGGGAUGCGCCGCCGCCUCGACCAUGGGCGCCGUCGCCUCCCGGAGGAGGGCGCUAAGAAGCGAGGCCAUGUCUUCGGUGGCGGCCAAAGUGCGAGCAGCCCGAGCGUUUGGCGAGUACCUGUCCCAGAGUCACCCCGAAAACCGGAAUGGCGCAGACCACCUGCUGGCUGACGCCUACUCUGGCCACGACGGGUCCCCCGAGAUGCAGCCGGCCCCUCAGAACAAGCGCCGCCUCUCCCUCAUCUCCAACGGCCGCUACGAGGGCAGCCUUCCUGAGGAGGCUGCCAGCGGGAAGCCGGCCGGCGAGGGCCCCCAGCCCCGCGUGUACACCAUCUCAGGGGAGCCGGCCCUGCUGCCCGGCCCGGAGGCCGAGGCCAUUGAGCUGGCUGUGGUGAAGGGGCGGCGGCAGCGGGAGCAGCGCCCCCACCACCACAGCCAGACCCUGCGCGCCAGCCCAGGAGGCAGUCACGAGGACGUCAGCAGGCCCUGCCAGAGCUGGACGGGCAGCCGCCAUGACUCCAAGGAGUGUCCCGGAUGCGCCCAGCUCGCCCCCAGCCCCACUCCUCAGGCCUUUGGGGUGGACCAGCCGCCUCUGCCUGAGGCUCCCGGCCGCCGCAAGAAGCUGGAGAGGAUGUACAGCGUUGACCGAGUGUCUGAUGACGUCCCCAUCCAUACCUGGUUCCCCAAGGAAAACCUCUUCAGUUUCCAGACAGCAACCACAACUAUGCAAGCCAUCUCUGCUGACUCGUGGCGGUUUCCCAGGGUGUUCAGGGGCUACGCGGAGAGGAAGCGCCGGAAACGGGAGAAUGAUUCCGCGUCUGUAAUCCAGAGGAACUUCCGCAAACACCUGCGCAUGGUCGGCAGCCGGCGGGUGAAGGCCCAGAGUAAGGCCCAGACGUUCGCCGAGCGGCGCGAGCGGAGCUUCAGCCGGUCCUGGAGCGACCCCACCCCCAUGAAAGCCGACACCUCUCACGACUCCCGAGACAGUAGUGACCUGCAGAGCUCCCAUUGCACCUUGGGCGAGGCUUUCGAGGACCUGGACUGGGAGACUGAGAAGGGCCUGGAGGCCGUAGCUUGUGACACUGAGGGCUUCGUGCCACCCAAGGUCAUGCUCAUCUCCUCCAAAGUGCCCAAAGCUGAGUACAUCCCCACCAUCAUCCGCAGGGACGACCCCGCCAUCAUCCCCAUCCUCUAUGACCACGAGCAUGCAACCUUCGAGGACAUCCUGGAGGAGAUAGAGAAGAAGCUGAAUAUCUACCACAAGGGGGCCAAAAUCUGGAAGAUGCUGAUUUUCUGCCAGGGGGGCCCAGGACACUUGUACCUGCUCAAGAACAAGGUGGCCACCUUCGCCAAAGUGGAGAAGGAAGAGGACAUGAUCCACUUCUGGAAGCGGUUAAGCCGCUUGAUGAGCAAAGUGAACCCUGAGCCGAACGUCAUCCACGUCAUGGGCUGCUAUGUCCUGGGGAACCCCAAUGGGGAGAAGCUCUUCCAGAACCUCAGGACCCUCAUGACUCCGUACAGGGUCAUCUUCGAGUCGCCCCUGGAGCUGUCGGCUCAAGGGAAGCAGAUGAUCGAGACCUACUUUGACUUCCGGCUGUACCGCCUGUGGAAGAGCCGCCAGCACUCGAAGCUGCUGGACUUUGAGGACGUUCUGUGAGGGGCGGGACCGCCGCCCGGCCGCUCCCUCAGGCCGGCGCCAGGCUGGGCCGCUGCGAGCUGCCCAGUGCCGCGUGGGUCCCGGUCUUCACGGCCACUUCAGGGCAUCUCAGACGUCGCUCAGGUUCCCUCCCAGGGCUCCGGUCCUCACGGCACCGCGGGUCUCAGCGGCCACCGUCCCCGCGCGCCGGAGGAGCCCCCGCGGCUGGCGGAUGCUGCCCGGGCCUCGCCUGGAGGCUCAGCACUGGGGCGGCGCCUCUGCAGGUUCAUAGAAAUAAGUGCAAUUUUCUACAACCCCUGAGACAAUUCAAAGGGAAGCAGCGCUACUAGUUAACUAGUUAAGUGCUACGUUACUAGUCAUGGCAUAGAUCACCCGGCUCAACGUGUGUCCAGGACCCUCUCCCUCAGCUCCCCAGCCCUGCCGUAUCCGAUCACCAGCACCAGGGCGGCCGUCUGCCCGGCCUGGCUCCGGCCCGGCCGAGUCCCUGAUGGUCUCUGCUUGCGCUGCCCUCGCCCCUGCUUCCCUGACCGCGGCGCCGGCCCUCGGCGGUACCCGGGGGCAGCGGGGACACGCCUUCCUUUCACUCGGAGGGUGCCCUGGGUCGAGCCAGGCCCUGCCUGCUCCCCGGCCCCCCUGCACCCACCCGGCUCCCUGCUGCUGUCCGGCUCAGCUUUUGGCAGCCGAGCUCUGAAGGCCUCUCCUGGUGCAGGGGCCCGGGGUCUUGGCGGGGCCUGCCAGGGCUGGGUCCUGGCUGGUGAAACCCCUGCCACCUGCUGCAUGGGGGCCUGGACCCAGCUUGGCCUGAGCGAGGGUGGGGCAGCAGCUGGGCUGUGCACACACAGCCUGCCGUGGCCCAGUGGGCGGGCCCUUGUACAUAGCUGGCGCCCGGGGGCUGGCCCCCCUGUGCAGAGUCUGGUCUGAGACACCCGGCUGUGCCCCCCCCGUCGGGAGUGGGGGCUCGUGCCGGGCUCUGAACAAUGUACGACACCCCGUAGAGUGACAUUAAAUCUGACCCUCCGCUGCGG